GAGGAUUUGCAAGUCUUUGCCGUCUUUAUCGGAUACUCACUAGUCACAACUACUGGUCAAUGAUGCAAACCCAGACCUCAUUUGUCUCCUCCUUUGUGUUUUGAUUUAUUGGUAACAUAAGCUUCUAUUUUCAAUACUUGCUCCGUACGUAGUAACGCGUUUAAUCUACGCUUACAAGCCAAAAGAAAUCUCUGCUUCCUCUCUGCUUCUUCUGUUAAGCACAGCUGAAACAAACUAGAAAUUUGGAUGGAUUGCAGUGCUCUAGAACUGAAGGUUAUAUCCUGUCAGGAUCUCAAAGCCUUCAAUUUCUUCCAGAAGCUUUCCGUCUAUGCAGACGUCUCCAUCUUCAAUGAAGACUUGAAGAAAGAGCAGCAACAGCAAGAACAUCUACAGCAGCGCCAGAAAACGCCAGUCGACAGAGAUGGAGAUGGUAACCCGGAGUGGAAUCACAUGAUGAGCUUCGAUAUGAAAGCCAUGUCAGCUCUUGAUGAUCAAUGGAAUCACUGGUUUAUCAAGUUCGACAUGCGCAAUGAUGGUGCAGUUCUGGGGAAGAGCCUUGGCAAAGUGCAGGUACGGUUUAAGGAGUUGAUUGAGGAGUUCAAUGGAGCAGUCAGGUUUAUGAGUUAUCAAGUGAAGACAAGUGAUGGUAAGUCUAACGGGGUCUUGGAUUUUUCAUACCAGGUAGUUAGGAAGAACACCAGCAAUGGAAUUCCUGAUUCCGUUGUAUCUGAAAAAACCAAUGUUGUUGAUCCUACUGAUAAAGUUCAGGUUCAACCUCUUUACCCUACUUUAGAAGUAGAAUCCCUGUCCCGUGAUCUGUUCUAUCCUUCACUAGUUGAGGUCUCCAGUCCUGUACCAAAAAUUCCAAUCCCUUCUCCAAUGCUCAACACUCAGUUUUCGCUUCCUCCUCAUCAUCAUCGUCAUCAUCAUCAUCAUCACCAUCAAGCAUUCUCGCCAUUUGUUCAACCUCCGACUAUGUACUGGCAUCCAUCAGAGUUCACAAAUCAUGGCUGCAAUUUCUGUGGCAACCCUGCAGGGUUAGGACAAGUUGGGAUGGUGGAUUAUAAGGGUCCGUGGAGGACUAAUUGUCCAGGGAAUAGAAGUGGUCUUCUUCAAGCUCCAGAUCCGGAAACAACUACCAAUGGCAGAUGCUACUGAGUUUUGCUCAGCUGGGUUGUAUUAUUGUGACUAUGGAAUUGGAUUGUGAUAAAUAG